UGAUUAAAACCUCGUUUACCGCUCGACAUAUACACAAAGCGCGCGCAGGGUUGCAUUUUGUCGCCUCCUCAGUCGCACACACCAACACACACACGCAACGCGAGAGAAAGUACCCGAGCCGUUUCUGGAAAAUACAAUUCCGCCAUAUUUACCGGCAAAAUUCAAAAUAUUUACACUUCCCGAGGUGAGCGGGAUCGGUUUGUCCAUCAAAAUCGAGGAUUAACCCGCCGUUGGGCAGCCGGAGAGGAGCGAGGCGGGCGGAGCGAGCGGUACGCAUCAAUCGCCGUCUACCGCCGCCGCCGUCGCACAAUAAAAACGAUAGACCCAUCGAGUGGCGGGGGAAAAAACGCCAAUACGCCAAUACCGACAAAAACAACACGCUCGCACACACACGCAAGAGGUAGAGCGCCCACAAACACACUCACACACAGAUACAGACAGACACACAGACGGAGCAGCCGCGAUGACAAGUCAUCAUCAUCAUCAUCACGUCGGCGUCGGCGUCAGUGGGAACAACUUCCAGCCGCAGCUGCACCAGCUCCGGGCGCCCAUUGUCAAGAAUCUGUCGCUGGCGGCGGCGGCCGUACCGCUGCCACUGACCUCCUCCAACUCCACCUACUUCACCCAUGUACAUCCGUCUACGGCGGGCACAAUUGUGGAGCAAGAUCCGUAUACCGUUUUGGCGGGCGAUCACAUGGGCGGAGAGGAGAACGAGAGCUUUCUGAUCGAGGAGAUCAUCGACGACUAUGACGACGAGGCUAAUAUUGUGGUGGACACUGGGGAGUUCUUCGAGCACUACGAAUACUAUCCGGUGGACCGGCUGGACAGACUCACCUCGGUCACGGUGGCCACGGCGGAUGCCCUGCCGCCGCCCAUCAUCAUGCAGCAGACCAGCGACGACGACGAGUACAUUGAGGAGGAUGGAGACGGAUUGCAGAUGACCUCGUCCUGCGAUGGCGACGGCGAGGAGGAAGCGGACGAUGAGGUUUCAGCGCCGGCCAUGACAAAUGCCUUUGAAAUCGCCUCCGAGAUGCUAACCACCAUUGAGGCAACCAACAUCAAGGAGGAGCAGUUGGAGAGCGACUUCUACAUGAAGGCAACAGAGGAUUCCAACAGCUCCAAUGGCCAGCUGCAGGAUUUUAAGCUAUUCGGAACCAGUCGCGUAGAAAGGCCCAUUGGAAAUUCGGCCGCCAAGCGCUGGAAGCAAACAAAGGUACCCAUACGCAUUACCCAGGACGAGUUCAAUGUCACGCUGUGGUCGUCGCUCAACUCGGAGGAUGAGGACGAGGAGGAGGAGUUGGAGGAACCUCCUGGCUCUGCUGCGGCCACAUCUGUGACAUCCGCCUCCGCCAGUGCCCAGAAUGAAGGCUCCUCCAGCAUGCCAAAGCUUAUUAUUGACGAGCACAUGAUCAACCACGAUGUGCUAAGCGAUGGCAUCGGCAACGAGUACGUCAUCCUGCCCGAUCCAUUCAGCGCUUCAGCAGUCACAGACGUGGAGGAGGUGGUGAAUGCAUUUAUGGGCGAUGUCAAGGGCGAAGAGGACAGCCAGCCGCUAAGCGAGCAGUUCAUCUAUGCAGACAACCAGCUGGAGGAGGCUUACGGCAACAUCGAGCUGAUCGAGAAUAUGCCGAAUAAUGUGGAGCUAAUACAGGCGCCGGGACAAGGUCCAAAUCCUGUGCCAGUGGCAAUAACGAAGAGCAACGGCUACGUGGCGAAUCCGCAGACGGCUCUCCCAAAAUUAGUGCUUCAGAAUAGCAGCACCAAUGUGCGUCUGAAAAGUGCGGGCAACCAGGCAAAGGUGACCAAGACCAAGACCUCGACGGCGGCUCAGGUGGCGACACCAACUCCUCCACCGCCGCUGGUGGCUACCAACAAUCCAACCCGACCACGACCCGCAAUUUUGACCAAAUUGCCGACAGCAGUUCCUAAUCAGACUGCUGGAAAUCCCACGGAGGGGGCUGCUGCUGCCGCCGCGGAGGAUGAGGAGUCCAAGUUCCGCUGCACCCAUCGCGGCUGCAACAAGGAGUUCCGCAAUCACUCGGCCAUGCGCAAGCACAUGCACACGCACGGACCGCGCGGUCAUGUGUGCAACGUCUGCGGCAAGAGCUUUGUGGAGAGCUCCAAGCUGAAGCGCCACCAACUGGUUCACACCGGCGAGAAGCCUUUCGAGUGCACCUUUGAGGGCUGCGGCAAGCGCUUCUCGUUGGACUUCAAUCUGCGCACCCACGUUCGGAUACACACUGGCGACCGACCCUACCACUGUCCCAUUGACGGCUGCUCCAAAUGCUUCGCCCAGUCAACGAACCUCAAGUCGCACAUGCUGACGCACACGAAGCCCAAAAGGAAGUGGCCUCGGGCGCCGCCGGUGAACAAUAAUAAGACACCGCUGGUGGCCAGAUACGGACGACUGGAGUUUGGCGAGGAUCCGCGUCUGGUGUACGUGGAACAGAACGAGGAGAUGGCGUCAGUGCUGCUGGAUGGCACGUCCCCCACAUCCUAACAAGUAGUGCGCAUCAAUGUGUCGCUACUGUUGGCCUGAGAUGGAUGAGAACUCCUUUGGCUUCGAAAGGGCCAGUUUGUACAGUUAGUUGUAGCCAGUUUUUAUCUGUAUCUGUAACCUAACGAGCGGAGUGGCAGGUCGAGAUGGUCACCUGGUGAACGCAUCCGCCUGCUCUCCGUUCUCUAAGUAAAUAGUCUAAGAUCUUUCUCUAACAAAGCAGGCUUGCAGUGCAAAGGAAGUUAUAUGGUAGCCAUUGAUUUAUUUCCUGCAUGGAUGGAAAUACCGGAUAAACAGCCGUUCUAAGAGUUUAGCUUGUAGCGUAGGCUAAGUUAGUCCACCCCGCCCCCCAAACCGAAACCAAACCGCAAAUCCCGAAGAACUCAGCCAAACUGCCCCCAAUUCGAUCUGAUCCUAACCGAGUGCGAUCUUCGCUCGAAUAACAAAACGCGCACGCUCUUUUCUACGAAAAAAAAAAAACAAAACAUAAGGAAAAUACAUAUAACUAGUUCUACCAUAAUUCAGUACGCAUACACCAUAGGCUAUCUAUAUAUUUUUGUAAUGAAUUGUAACACUUAGAGCAUUGAAGUACGGAUUUAGCAAGAUCAACGUCUGUUGGCGCUAACAAAUAAUUCACAAAUGGAAGCACAUCAGUUAAGUCGGAAUAAACAAGGGAAUACCUCUUCAAAAUUAAACAAAAUAAACCAGAAAAACAAUGC